AAACGCGUAGUACCCGAGAUAAACCAAAUUACCAAACAGAGUCUAAAUUCUAAAUCGUCCUUCGCAUAAUAAUCAGAUCAUCGAUCAUCGGAGAUGUCGAAGUACGAGGAACCAGCGGUAGGAAUCCCCUACAACCCGGCUUAUAACCAGGCUCCGAUGCCUCAGCAAAUCCACCACCAACAAUAUUACGUGGCUGAAAACCCUUAUCAAGCAGGUAUGAUUCCAUCAAACGUCAUAUAUGGAGAUCCCAAAGGUAUUCCAAUUCAGCAAACUAUAUACAGAGAUACGCCUGCUCCUUUUAAUUGCCUUCACUGUGGUAAUACUGGUCUCACCCUCGUCAAAUCAAAACCUAGUCCUGCAGCUUUUGUUGGCUGCAUGAUGCCAUUUAUGCUUGGAGUAUGCUUUCUCUGUCCAUCAAUGGAUUGCCUCUGGCAUAAGUAUCAUUAUUGUCCAAGCUGUAAUCAGAAGGUUGCCGAUUAUGAGAAAUCCGAUAUUUGUGCAGUGGUGGACCCUCCAAACUGGGAACAGCCAAGUUUUGCCUUACCUGCAUGAAAGCACAAUCCUGGACUUUCUCAUAUAACUCUUUGUUUUCGUUGUGUUUGUGUAUAUGUAUGCAUUUCUUGUUUGCUCGAGAGGAUGGAUGACCUAAAAUGCAGUUUGUCGUUUGUCUUAUCUUAUACAUCAGUAACUAGAAGAUGAUCAUUUGUAGAAUGCUUCUGUAGUACUGUGCCAACCAGACUUUAGAAUUAUAGAAUUAUGGCAAUUGAUUAAUAAUGGAGGAAUAUCAGUUCACUAAA